AUGGUGACCAAGUUCUACCAGCAUGUCCUGGCUUUGGUGUUUGCUGUUGAUGAGAUCAAUGAGAAUUCCAAGAUCUUGCCCAAUGUCACUCUUGGGUUUCACAUCUAUGACAGUUAUGCCAUGGCAAAGAUGACCUACCGUGCCAUUCUGGAUCUGCUCUUUAAAUCGCAGCAGUUUGUACCAAACUACAAAUGUGGCAUCCAGGAAAAAAUAAUAGGAGUCAUUGGGGGCCUAAGCUCUGAUAUCUCUUCAUGCAUGGCAGACAUCUUGGAUCUUUACAAGAUUCCACAGAUAUCUUUUGGCUCAUUUCAACAAGAACUGAAUCAUCCAGUUAAUUUCCAUUCAUUUUACCGCAUGGUCCCCAAUGAAGCCCUUCAGCACAAAGGAAUUGUCCAGUUACUUCUGCAUUUCAAAUGGAAAUGGGUUGGGCUCAUUGCUCAGGAUGAUGAAGGUGGAGAACGGUUCUUACAAAACAUAGAGCCAAUGCUUACAAAGAAUGGGAUCUGUUCAGCAUUCACUGACAGAAUUAAAAAAACUGCCUCUUUCUCCAAUGACAUGAGUAAAUUGAUAGAUUAUUUACGGCUUGCUCUACCAGCUUUCAUGAUGAGCAAAGCCAAGGCAGUUGUUAUAUAUGGAGAAAAUGCAGUUAUAACAUUUAUAGGAAAUGUUAUAGGAGCAUCUAGAAUAAUUCACCUAAUAUUUCCUCAAUACAAAUUUGCAGCUAAAGUGUGGAUUAUGACAGCCCAAAUUGAUUUUCCAUUAUAUACCUGGCAAAAGUUAAUUACCACUAAUAUACAAAUGUUCCAUGGUGCUAUCUCCUUUGCUAUUCACUCAGAGGAGAUUCAAGACUUCCCAGACUUUCUUCAGAAUGUACAUCCUUCUUGGACAAAUGGAGAUGGUUUUAUCAAAGAUUUCUGGGAACAGGCAUUUGGGUGUUCAUUGUCAAACUCCACCAUAUCAACAUUCUUAGGUACCACAUGUACUGGAGAAGAGAUGCUGGAGAGCCUUCCUUCUCCUUACUUUGAAAUGCACAUGACUGGCCACAGCUACAGUAUCUAUAAUGCUGUCUAUGCUCUGGCACAUGCCUUACAUAUGAUGUACUUGGAUAGAGCCCAGCACGGAAAAAUGGAGUCAAGGGGCAGACUGUCUCCUCAGAAUGUGGAAGCCUGGCAGCUCCAUUCGUUCCUCCAGAGGAUCUCAUUCAACAACAGUGCUGGCGAUGAAAUUGCAUUUAAUGAGCAUGGGGAAUUAGCAGCUGGAUUUGAUAUUACAAACUUGGUCACAUUCCGAAAUCAGUCGUUCCUCAGGGUCAAAGUGGGAAGGCUGGAUCCUCAGGCUGCUCCUGGAAAAGAGCUCACUAUUGAUGAGGAUGAAAUCAAAUGGCACACAGGCUUGACUCAGGUUCCCCCAUUUUCCAUAUGUAAUGACUACUGCAUUCCUGGUUAUAGGAAGAAAAAGAAGGAGGGGAAGAAAUUUUGUUGCUAUGAUUGUGCUUCAUGUCCAAACGGGAUGUUCUCCAAUGAGGAUGACAUGGAGACCUGUGUUAGUUGCCCAGAAGAUCAAUAUCCAAACAAAGGAAAGGACCAAUGCAUUCCUAAGAUUCCCAGCUUCCUGGCUUUCAAAGAAACUUUGGCCAUCAUUCCAACUUUCUCUGCACUUCUCUUGUCUCUUAUCACACUGCUGGUGCUUGGCAUCUUCAUCAAGCACAGGGACACUCCCAUAGUCAAAGCCAACAACAGAAGCCUCACCUACAUUCUCCUCAUCUCCCUCCUCUUGUGUUUCUUCUGCUCCUUCCUGUUCAUUGGGAUGCCAAAUAAGGUGACCUGCCUUCUCCGACAAACUACGUUUGGCAUCAUCUUCUCUGUGGCUCUCUCCAGCAUCUUGGCAAAAACCAUCUCUGUGGUAUUAGCAUUCAUGGCUACCAAGCCAGGAUCCAGGAUGAGGAAAUGGAUGGGGAAACGAUUGGCUUAUUCUAUUAUUCUAUCCUGCUCCAAUAUUCAAGUAGGGAUCUGUGCUCUCUGGUUGGCAACAUCUCCCCCAUUCCCAGAUUUCGAUACACACACAAUGACUGAUCAGAUUGUACUCUUAUGUAAUGAAGGGUCAAUCCUCAUGUUCUACUGUGUCGUGGGCUUUAUGGGCUUCCUGGCCAUUAUCAGUUUCACUGUGGCCUUUCUAGCCAGGAAACUGCCAGACAGUUUUAACGAAGCCAAAUUCAUCACUUUCAGCAUGUUGGUUUUCUGCAGUGUUUGGCAAUCCUUUGUUCCAACCUACCUGAGCACAAGUGGAAAAUACAUGGUGGCUGUGGAGAUCUUCUCCAUCUUGGCUUCCAGUGCUGGGUUGUUGGGUUGCAUCUUUUUCCCAAAAUGCUACAUUAUUUUAGUAAGACCUGAGUUAAACAACAGAGAUCAACUAAUACGAAGAAAGAGAUAA